GAGUUCGCUCGGAUGCAGAUUCAGGUUGUUGAUGCACUUCCUACAUCGAUUACGGGGAGUGUCAGUUCUAUGCAGGUUCAGCCUACGCUGAGGGAAAGGAUCCGGCGGGAGCAUGUUUCUGAUGAAUUUGUUCGUGCUAUUGAUGCCAAAGUCCGCGCUGGAGGUGUUGAGGGUUUUCACCGAGACGCUUAUGGAGCCUUGGAAUUUCGAGGCAGGAUUGUCAUACCAAAAGUCGAGGCGUUGCAGAAAGAGAUAUUGAUCGAAGCUUAUACCGCACCAUAUUUAGCCCAUCCAGGGAGUACGAAGAUGUAUCAUGACCUGAAAAGGUCGUUUUGGUGGCGAGGGAUGAAGAAGGACGUAGCCGACUUUGUGAGAAAAUGUUUAACUU